AAGUUGGCGGUAAUUGGCGCUGGUUUGAUGGGUAGUGGCAUAGCAAAUGUUUCCAUUGACAAAGGUAUUCAAACGUAUUUGGUGGAUAUGAACGAUAUAGCCAUAGCACGUGGCCAAAAUCACAUCCACAAGCACUACGAUGGGCUAGUGAAACGGCGUCGAAUCACGGAUUAUCAGCGACAUAAAUUUAUGGCAAAUCUCAAACCCACUUUUUCGUAUAGCGAUUUGCGCGAUUGCGACGCUGUUAUCGAGGCUGUAUUCGAAGAAUUACCGCUGAAACACAAAAUCAUCAAGCAGCUCGAAUCGGUCGUCCCAGAGCACUGUAUUAUUGCAUCAAACACUUCGGCACUUCCAAUCACCCAAAUUGCAUCAAUAUCCACGCGACCGGAACGCAUCAUCGGGAUGCAUUAUUUUUCACCGGUCGAAAAAAUGGAGCUCUUGGAAGUGAUAACAACAAAGAAGACAAGCAAAGAAACUAUUGCCAAAGCAGCCCAGUUGGGUUUGGCACAAAAUAAAUUAGUGGUUAUCGUGAAAGAUUGUCCAGGAUUUUUUGUUGUUCGCUGUCUAGCACCAAUGAUGAGCGAAGCUGGCCGAUUGUUGCAAGAAGGUGUUUCACCGGAAGAAUUGGAUAAAAUAACGAAAGAUUAUGGUUUCCCGGUUGGCGCAGCAACCCUGAUGGAUGAAGUAGGCUUGGAUGUAUCACAACAUGUUGCCGAAUUUUUAGGACAAGCUUUGGGUCCACGUAUUGGUGGUAGUUCAGUGGAGCUAUUGAAGGAAAUGGUAGCAUCGGGUUUCAAAGGUCGCAAAUCCGGAAAAGGAUACUUCAUCUACGGAGGCUCCACGAAAUUAGGUUCUUUGUUUGGUAAAAAGAAGAAAGUGAAUGAAGCUGCGGCUAGAAUUCUUCAAAAGCACCGCCUGAAUCCUGUUGUGAAUAUGUUAGUUUUUCAACAAUAUUCAAUGUUUUGA